GCCCCGAUGCCCCCCCCCGCCCACCACGGGCCCGCAGACAUUCUCCUGGAUGACAUCAUCCUCACCCACUCACUGUUCCUGCCCACGGACCAGUUCCUGCGUGAACUCCUGCACAGCUUCGUGCGGGCGGGCGGGCUGGGACUGGGGCUGGGGGAGCUUCCCGGCCCGCGCAGGAAACAGGCCUGCCUGGCUGUGCUGCUCCACUUUCUGGACACCCACCAGGGACUCCUCCAGGAGGACGAGGCCGCCGGACGCAUCGUCAAGGACCUGUAUCUCCUCAUCAUGAAGGACGAGGAUCUCUACCAGGAGCUGCAGGAGGAUAUCAUGAAACUUCAUCGGCUCGUGGGAACCGUGGAGCUCAAGAUCCCGGAGGAGAAGCCGCCGCCCAGCAAGCAGGUGAAGCCGCUGUUCCGCCACUUCCGCCGCAUCGACUCCUGCCUGCAGACCCGGGUGGCCUUCCGGGGGUCUGACGAGAUCUUCUGCCGCGUCUACAUGGCCGACCACUCGUACGUGACCAUCCGGAGCCGGCUGUCCGCCUCCGUGCAGGACAUCCUGGGGUCCGUGGCCGAGAAGCUGCAGUACUGCGAGGAGCCCGCCGGCCGGCUGGAGACCCUCAUCCUGGUGGCCGUGGCUUCGUCCGGGGAGAAAGUGGUCCUGCAACCCAGCGACGACUGCGUCUUCACCACUCUGGGCAUCAACAGCCACCUGUUCGCCUGUCCCCGCGAUGGCUUCGAAGCUCUGGCUCCCCUCCCGGAGGAGAUCCCGGGCUCUCCGGGGGACGUGGAGAUCCACCGGGCCGAGGCCGAGGAGCUCGCCGCCCACCUCACGGCCUUCCACUGGGAGCUGUUCCACUGCGUGCACGAGCUGGAGUUCGUGGACUACGUGUUUCACGGGCAGAGGGGUCGCCGGGAGACGGCCAACCUGGAGCUGCUCCUGCAGCGGUGCAGUGAGGUGCAGCACUGGGUAGGGACCGAGGUGCUCCUUUGCCAGCCACUCGCCAAGCGCGCCCAGCUGCUGAAGAAGUUCAUCAAGAUCGCCGCCGUCUGCAAGCAGAAUCAGGACAUGCUGUCCUUCUACGCCGUGGUCAUCGGGCUGGACAACGCUGCCGUGAGCCGCCUGCGCCUGACCUGGGAGAAGCUGCCCGGGAAAUUCAAGAAUCUCUUCCGCAAGUUCGAGAACUUGACGGACCCCUGCAGGAAUCACAAGAGUUACCGCGAGGUCAUCUCCAGGAUGAAGCCCCCCGUCAUUCCCUUCGUGCCUCUGAUUCUCAAAGAUCUGACCUUCCUGCACCAGAGUAGCAAGACCCUCCAGGAUGGAUUGGUCAACAUUGAGAAACUGCACGCCGUGGCCGAAAAAGUGCGGACCAUCAGGAGGUACCGGAGCCGGCCGCUCUGCCUAGAGAUGGAGGCCUCCCCUCACCACCUGCAGACCAAGGCCUACGUUCGGCAGUUCCAGGUCAUCGAUAACCAGAACCUGCUCUUCGAACUCUCCUACAAGUUGGAGCCGGACGGCCAGUGAGGGGCAGGGGGGCGGGGGGCGAGGAGGAAGAGGGGCCCACCCCACGCCUGCCCCACUGGGCCCGGGCGCCAUGCCUCACUACACUCAAGCACUUUGUACAUCCCCAUCCCGGCCCCCCAUCCAACCCCUUCCCAACAGGGGGGUGGCGGGGGAGUCCUUAAAGCACUGGCCCCUCGGACUCGCCCUGCUGGCCCCUCUCCCUCCCUGGGGAGGGCUCAGACCCCUCCCAAAGCUAGGACUUGGGGGGCUCUCUCUCUUUUUCCCCCCUGCUCCCCGGAGGAAGCCCCUCCAAGAGGAUCAGGGUCGGAUCUGAUGGGUGUUAGCGGUAAGGCACCCCAGGGACCAGGGUGGGGACUUAAUUUGGUGCUAACACUGACACUCCUCUCCCACCCCCCGUCCCCCCCAAAGCCCCACGCUGAGCAAGAGGGCGUGAGCCAGUGGGCCGGGACUCUGAUGCCUGGUGCCCGCUCCGCCUUUCUCUUUCCCUUUCUUCUCUCCCCCCUCUGCCCUUUCCUCGCCUCCGACCUCCGCCGCCUCUCCAAGUGCCACCCCACUGGUAAAGGCUACCUUGCGGGGCGGGGGCCGCCGGGGGCCCCCGCUCGGGCCCCGGGGAAGAGCACUGCUCAGGGAAACAGGAGGGGCCGCCGGGGCUGGGUCAGCGCCUCCCUCCACCCUGCCGCCGGAGGGGGAAACUGAGGCCCGCCUGCCCUGUCUAUUUUCUCUGCGACCCAAGAGGGGGGGGACCCCUCUCCCCAACUCCUGCCUCUCCCCCCAACCUCAGCCACUGGUUCGGGGGGGCCACCUGUGUGAAACCUGCCCCCCACCCCAGAGACACCGGCACCCCCAUCUCUUCCCGUCACCCUGGGCCAGAGAAAGGCUCAGUUCUCCUGUGGUUUCUGGGACUUCCCCCAUCCCAUCCCUAGCGGGGCUCCCGCCGCUGCUCUGAGAAUGUAUAUAUUUUUUACCAAAUGCUCUCUAUGUAUGUGUAAAUUUAUUUUUUAAAGAAAAGCUGAGGGACCGAGCUCUGUAUGAUACGUCACCCCGGAAGACACAAUCCCUUUCGUAUUGCGCUGCUGCCCCGCCCCGCCUCCCACUUACUCCGACAUACACAGACACACAACCCAGCCCCAGCUCACACUGACAGGCCCACACACCUCCAGCCCCGACUGGCAUACGCACCCACACUCAAAAACGCACACCCACGAUCAGACACACACAGACACACAACCCUCUCCUCUCCCCACAACGGCCCCCGACCCACACACUUGUGUGCAACGUCCUUGCUUGCUCCCCCGUCUCCCCAAGGUGUUCCCCUUCACCCCAAACUCAGAGUCCCCCACCCCCCGACCCCCGCACUGGGUUCGUGGACCCUUUGUUCCGUACUGUGUCAGUUGUUGCUGUAGGGGCCUCCGGGAGGACAGACACUCAAUAAAGAACCUCCGAAUUAAA